AUGAUUCACAACUCAUUCCGCUAUUCGGCCCCUCAAACUCACUCCGUUUUCGACAAGAAGCUUCCGAAGAUGAACCUGGGGAUAUAUGCUGCUCCUGCUAUCACCACGAUGUUCGCCACUGCAAUCCAUGCGCAGCAACUCUGCACUGCUCAAGGGUGUGCGUACGUCUAUUCGCAAGUAAUUUCUGAGACCAGCCAUUGCUGCCAAAAGCAAAGUAUGGACUUUAACGAAUGCUGCAGGCUCAGUUGCAACUUAGGCUCCCCAUGCUGA